UAUGAGUACAUUACAUUACAUAUAAGAAGCAAGGAAUUGUGGAGCUGAGUUUCUGAGUGCUCACAGAAAUGAAGAAGCAAUCUUGUGAAGAAUCAGAGACCAGUUUCCCAGAGAAAUGUGUAAGCCAAUUAUCCUCGGAGUGCUGGUUCGACGAUGCAUGCAUCCUUGACAUGGAUUACUUCGUGAAGACCCUUUCAGGCAUCAAACAGAAAGGUGUGCGUGCUGACUUGAUCGGUUCCAUCAUCACUCACUAUGCUUCCAAGUGGCUCCCUGAUCUUUCUGCGGCUGAAAAUGGCCUCACCCAUUUCCAUGAAUCACCCGAAAGUGUCACAAUAUCAUGGAUGAAGAAGAGGUUCUUCGUGGAAACCUUGGUGGGUGUUCUUCCUCCAGAGAAGGAUUCCAUCCCAUGCAACUUCCUCCUUCGUCUUCUAAGAACUGCUAACAUGGUUGGUGUUGAGGCCACUUAUAGAGUUGAGCUUGAGAAGCGCAUUUCAUGGCAGCUAGAUCAAGCUUCUCUCAAAGAGCUCAUGAUACCCUCUUUCAGCCACACUUGUGGGACCCUCUUGGAUGUUGAGCUUGUCCUUAGGCUGGUUAAGAGGUUCGUGAGUUUGGACCAUGAUGGAGCUAAAACUGGUGUUGCUUUGGUUAAGGUGGCCAAGUUGGUUGAUUGCUACCUCGCCGAGGCUGCUGUGGAUGCCAACUUGAGUUUAUCUGAGUUUGUUGCACUUGCUGGAGCUCUUCCAUGCCAUGCAAGAGCAACCGAUGAUGGCUUGUACCGAGCCAUUGACACUUACUUAAAAGCACAUCCAGGAGUGUUAAAACAAGAAAGGAAGGGUCUGUGUAGGCUGAUUGAUAGCAGGAAACUCACACCGGAGGCCUCACUUCAUGCAGCUCAAAAUGAAAGGUUACCUGUUAGAGCUGUGAUUCAGGUGCUCUUCUCUGAACAAACCAAACUCAAUCGCCACAUAGAUUGGAGUGGCUCCUUCAGUGGCUUGAGGAGCCCAAAUAGUGGCCUUGAUCCACCAAUACGAUGCCUUUCAAAGCGUGAAAUGAAUGCUCAACAAAUGGAGAUAAGGAGGCUGAAGGAAGAUGUUCACAGGCUGCAAAAUCAGUGCAAUGCUAUGCAAGUUCAGAUGGAGAGAAUGAUGGAGAAGAAGAAAUGGUUAUUCAAAUGGAAGAAAUUUGGAAUGCCUGUGUUUAGUAAAAGUUGGGGAGAGGUGGAGAAAAUCCAAGAAGAAGAAGAAGAAGAAGAUGAUGAUGAACAGGCUGAAAGGGAAGUUGGGUUUGGAAGGCAAACGCCCAUGUACAUGAAAACCGGUCUGGUCAAAAGUAGGACUCCCUACAAGUGGAGGAAAUCUUUGUCCUGAAAGAGAGGCUGUGAAUAAAAAACAUAUGAUUGACAUAAUUUGUUGUGUUAUAUAAGUCCGUUUGUUGGAACUUGAGAAAUAAUGUAAGAUACAACUCUGUUGUAUUUGGAAUCAAUUCAAUAAAGAUGUGUGUAUACCGAAGUUCUAGAUACAAAUGUGACUACAUAUAUUAAGGUAUGCCCCCAAGUAAAGAUAUAUAUGAAAGAAAGAGUGAGACAAGAAAAUGGACAGAUCUGAUUUGCUGGAGGAAAAUUCAACGUACUAUUUAAAGUGCGUUCUUUUUUAAAUGUUUCCUCAUUUUUAAUACACCAAUUUACAAAUUUUAAC